GCACGAAUAAUUUACGACGAUUUCAUUUCGAUUCUAUCAGCUAAGGAAGUAUCACUUGAUUCACAUGUUAGGGAAGCAAUUAACAAUGAUAUGAUCCAUCCAACCGUACAUAUGUUCGAUGAAGCGCAAUAUCAAAUUUACACGUUAAUGCAACGUGAUUCGUAUCCUCGUUUUAUUGCCUCAACAAUGUAUAAAAGAAUUUUAGAUUCUUAUGGACAAAUGGAAGAGCUUUAA